AUGAAACCAUACUCCUGUUUGGAUUGCGGGAAAAGUUUUACCCAGAGGGCACAUCUCCUAUCACAUGAAAGAAAUCAUACAGGAGAAAAGCCGUAUUCCUGUUCAUCAUGCGGGAAGAGCUUCAUCCAGAGAGUCCACCUGAUUUCGCAUCAGAGAACUCACACCGGAGAGAAGCCUUUUUCAUGUUCUGACUGUGGGAAAUGUUUUUCAGAACGAUCGUAUCUUAUUACACAUGAGAAGGUCCAUACGGGGGAGAAGCCAUAUCUAUGUUCUGAAUGUGGGAAACGGUUCUCCAAAAAAACGUAUCUUAUGUCUCAUCUCGGUUCCCACAAGAAACAGGAUCUUCUGGUGACGGGAAAUGGAGGUAGUUGUAAUGAUCACCUACCUGCUGUCACCCAUCAUAUACUUCAUAGGGGGAAGGAAGUAUUCCCGAGUUUUGAGUCUCGCGAAUGUUUUACCGAACGGGCGAAGCUCUUCUCACAAAACAAAACUGAUGCCAUAAAGAAGACUUAUUCAUGUUUGGAUUGCGGCAAAUGUUUUUCUCUUAGCUCGUCCUACACCAAACACAAGCAAAUCCACACGGGGUUGAAGCCAUUUUCAUGUUCCGAAUGUGGCAAAUGUUUUACGCUCAACUCGGCUCUUAUUCGACACCAGAAGAUUCACACCGGAGAGAAACCAUUUUUCUGUUCCGAAUGUGGAAAAUAUUUUACCCAGAGGACCAGUCUAACUUCCCACCAGAGGACCCACACCGGCGAAAAGCCGUUUGCCUGUUCAGAAUGUGGGAAAUGCUUCAGCCAGAGAUUAGGUCUUGUUACACACCAAAGAACUCACACUGGGGUAAAGCCAUUUUCCUGCAACGAAUGCGGCAAAUAUUUUACUCGGAAAGAAAGCCUUCUUUUCCAUCAGAGGUCUCACACUGGUGAGAAACCAUUUUCAUGUUCCAAAUGCGGGAAGUGUUUUACUGGAAAGAGCGGUCUCCUUUCGCACGAACGAACUCACACCGGAGAGAACCCAUUUUCCUGUGCAGACUGUGGUCGGCGUUUUGCCAAAAGAAAGGAUUUGGUUGAACAUCGAAGAAUUCAUACGGGGGAGAAGCCAUAUUCAUGUUCCAGUUGUGGGAAACCCUUCGCCCGGACGUCUUCUCUUAUCAGACAUGAAGCCAUUCAUUUGGGGGAGAAGCCUUAUUCAUGUUCUGAAUGUGGGAAACGGUUUUCUCAGAAAUUUCACUGGAAGUCACAUCUCGGUUCCCACAACAGCCAAGAGGACCUUGCUUCAAGUAGUGGCAGCUGA